UGUCUGUUCUUCUUUCACUCAAUGUAUAUAUAAAAAAAUGAUUUUGAUUUUGAUUUUUUUGACAGAUUGACAAAAUUAUAGCUGACAAAUAUUACCAGUUUGGGUAUAUGCAUAAUAUGAUGUGAUAAAUCUGGAUCCAAGUUAUAACAGUUCGGAUUUUGGAUCCGUGACAUCUGAAUAUCCUCUCUCCCUCCAAACAUUAAAAAAAAAAUAUCCGUUUAUCAGAAUUCAGAAGUAGGUUUCGUGUAAUCGGGAGAAUUGUUUUUUCUUUUUCUUUUCUGUUUGAUGAAUCCACUACCAAGUGCUUCUGUCUCGUAGGCUCUCACGAUCGAUCAUGGGGGAUAACGAGACGGCGAGUAGUCGCAGCGUCAACAUCAUCUGCGAGGAAACAGUACGGUACUCUUUCGUCAGCCACCUCUCCGCCGCUUUACGCCGCGAAGGUAUCUCUAUCUCUGUGUUUGCGGAUACAGAUCUCGAUUAUCGGAAUCAGGGAGCUACUACGCUUUCGGUGGUAGUUUUCUCCGAGACCAACGCCUUCUCACUUACUUGGGUUGAUAAUUUCGCCAAGGUUCUUGAGCUUCGAAGGAACAACAACGGCCACAAGGUGACUCCAGUGUUCUACGGUAUUGAUCCAUCGGUUAUCGAUCAGGAGUGGAUGUUAAUGCUGCUGGAAACUGGUUAUUCAGCAGGGAACCAAUCAAGUGACGCUCAACUCGUGGAAGAUAUUGUCAGAGAUAUUUAUGGGAAGCUAUGUCCUACUNUGAAAUCACCUCCCUCUCUCUAA